ACCUCCUUCCAUGUCACCUCGCACGCGUUUUCGAAUACUCUGGCACAGUGUGGCAUGUACAGAAAUAACGGGCUCAACACCUCCCUGGAGAAGAGCCACGUCACUGGCCCAGACAACUUCAUCACCGCCAAUGACCACCUCAACUUCCACCCCAGCUACAACCCGAGCGGCCCGUCGCACUGUUAG